AAUGGAGAGCGACUGAUGGAAAAAUCAAACCAGCUCGGCUCUCCGAUUAUAGAUUCUGCGUGUGCGCUAUCACUUCUUUCUGAGCCACCUGAUGUUGGAAACUGGUUUCCGAGCUAUGCGUAUGAAACUCCUGUAUUGGACACAAGUGAUUGUUUUGGAGAUUCUGUUUGUAAAACUGGUGGAGAGUUUGUUAUCCAAGAAAGCACCAAAGAAAAAGAAAAGAUUCAUGGUGAAUUUAUGAAAUCUAGAGGAAACGAUGAAUUGGGUUUUGUUGUUGAAGAAAAAAACUCAAAUGUGUUUACUGAUAAGCGAAAGCAACAGUCUUCAAGCAAGAUUCUGGAUUCUUCGUACGAACUUUCGCAAGUUUCUGAGCCUCCGGAGAUUGGAAACUGGUUUUCAAGUUAUGUAUAUGAAUCAUUUGUGUUGGAUACACAUGAUGAUGCUAAAAAUUUUAUUAGUCAAGAAAUUGGCAUUGAGAAAGAAGGGUCGUUUGUUAUGGGAGAAAGCCAAAAGGAACAAGAGCAUAUAGCUACAUUUAGAGAAAGCAGAAGUUGUCAUGGAGUGGAUGUUGGCAAUGAGAAGGGUUCAAACGGUUUUGGUAAGAGUAAUGAUUGUUUUGAAGUUGAUGAACAUCAUGGCAAUGACAAGAAGUCCUUGAAUAAGCUAUCACAUUCUCUGGACUCGCAUUCUAUCUUUACAGAACCUCCGGAUUUAAAUAACUGGUUCUCAGACUAUGUAUAUGAAUCACCUGUAUUGAGUACAAGUGAUGAAUUUGAAGAUUCUCUUUUUGUGGAAAGAGGGCCAGAGAAAGAUGAACUGGUUGCUGAAGAUAGCAAUGUAGAGAAUGAAGAUAAAUUGGUGACCAUUAAAGGAGUUCAAAGUAGAGAUCAACAGGGAGUUGUCAAGAAGGGGCAUUCAAAUGGUUUGGUAAAACAUAACAGUUAUGAAUUUGUUAAGCAAAAAAAUGAGUCUCUAAGUAAGGGCAUUGGUACGAGUGGAGGGAAGGGAGCCCUGUCUAAGAAAUUUGAAAAAAGCAAUGGCAUUAUUCCAUCUAAUGAUGUUGAAGAAUCAAGCUUUAAUGAUGAAGGUUCCGUGUGUAAACUGGUGCAAGAAGGUUCCCAAGACGCCUGUUCUGUGUCAUUCAAUAUCAACAAAAGCUCAAGCACAAGCAAAAAGAAAUCCCCUACAAAGUUGUCUAUUAGGACUGUUUUCAUAGAGGGCUUGGAAGCUAAUACCCAAAUCAAAGAUGUCAAUCUUGUAUCAACUACAAGUGAACCAGAGUUAUCCCCAGUCGGUGGAGCUUCAUUAAGAAAACAAACGCAUGGAAGGAAUGACAAAGAAAAUGGUUUUGUUGCAACAAGGAAGAGCGGAUAUACAAGAAGAGAAAAUGAAGAUCGUUUGAGUAGGCCGCAGGGGAUUUUAUUAGAGUGUCCAAGGAAUACGGGGACAGUUUCUUGUUUAGCUGGUGAGAAAGAUGAUACUAAAAGAAAGACCUUGAUGGAAACUACCAAUUUUCAACAUUCUGAUGCUUUGGAUAUCACUGGAAAAUGGCGAUGUCCGCAGAAGAGUAAGCCAAAUCGUGGGCCUCCUUUGAAACAGCUUCGACUUGAGCGAUGGAUUCACAGAGUGUAACAAGUUUAGUUAGAAGAAAUCAAUUAGUGAAUUCCGGUUAGUGUAGCAGGAAUGGGAUCUAUUGAGGGGUCACUGCUGUCAAAAAAUUGUGAACUAAAAAUCACCAGACAAUACAACACACUUUGGAGUUUGGACUAA